AUGUUUCAGAUUGCUUGGUCUUCUCAAGCCCAGUUUAUAGAGUUCAUCGCGGGGCUUCCAGAAGAACCUCUCGUGGUGGUCAAGCCCGACUCACGCCCCACAUAUCACAUUCCCAGCCUCAUUCCCAAGGUUCCCCUGUCCUCUACGCUUUUAGAGCCCCACGCUAGGAACGGCGUAAAGGAAGAGCACUGCAGCCUCGUGAAGUUCCAAAAGCAAAAUGAGUUUUACUUUCAGGACCGUCUCGAUGAUGUGGGCCUCGUGCGCAUCCUCGCCACCGACCUCCACCUUCGCGACGUUGUUCAGGCCAUGCGGUACAUCCGCGACAGGAUGUGGACGGCGGUGCCGGAGCGUGCAUCGGGCAUGAACUCGACGCGCAUAGCCGACGUGCUCAACUACCGCAGGAGAACGCCACCCGUCGUGACCCUCGCUCACCUACAGGCUGUACUCGCCUCGCCUACCGCUGUGGAAAGGGAGGUUGCCGAGUUGCUGAGCAAGGGAAUUGUGCGGAGGGUCUUGGUCGGGAAGGAGCGAGGCCCUCAUCGAGUGCUGGGAAGGGAGCAGGUCGAUGAGCUGGUCAGGGCCGGGUUCCUCACAUCUUUGCCCGCGAGAAUGCACGGCGCAGUCACGGGCUCUCCAGCGGGUAGCGCAGCCUUGACGCGCGGCCUCCUCGGCUCCAGCAUGUCCCUAGAGCACGUCGCGAAAGCUCCCACCGGUAGCUUGGGCGCAGUGGGCGGCAGAGCCAUCAACAUGGUGACGGGGAAAGGCACGCCGACCUCGUCACCCGUGCCCCGAUCGCAGCGUGCACACCCGGUCUCUGUGGAAAAUAUUGCCGUAUCCGCGCCCGGCCACGGUGGUUUCCUCAAGCUGCACAAGGCGGCCCUCGAACAUCUCCUCGCGCUCUUGGACAAGCGUUCGGCCUUUCGCGAGAUGCCCGAAUCACUCCUGCGUGAAGCAUGGGACGGCGGGCUGGCUGCCGCCGGGGCGCGGGCGCCAAGAGAGCGAGGGGCGAGUACUCGGGCGUGGCGCCAGGCAAGACAAAGAAGUGGAGGGACUUUGGGGCCUCCGGUUCAGUGGGUGCUCGAGGAAGCCGUCGGCGCCGGCGUCGUCGAGCUUUCGACACGGGUAGCGUGGGACGCGGGGUCCGGGCUACCCGGUAUGGCGCCAUCCUUCCGAGGAACCCUGGCGAAAGGAGGCCGGACGUGA